CUGCCGUUGCUGGGCAGCUCUAGGACGGAUUGGGACACCACAACAAACAAGACCCUGGCCCAGUCAACACCAUUGUCGCCGCCACCUUCUACCGCCGCACCACUACCGCACUGCAUACUUUUUGCUUGAAUACCAGCUGCUUUGCGCAUUUUGAACCACGGCUCUGUUGCGACACAAAGUACCAUGGCCCAUGAUCCGGGCCUUUUCUCCGUCCGCCGCCAGACUCUGGCGCCCAUGAACAACAACAUCACAUCGAUCCCCAUGCCCUCGUCCGCCAUGAAGCGCCAAAGCUCUGUCAACGGAAUGCAGCAGAUGGGCGCGCCUUUCACCGCAAACCACGCGCGAUCGCAGUCCGGCUCCCGAAUGUCGCUCGCGCCGGGUCGCCCGAGCCAGCCCGUUUUCCAGCGCUCCUCGUCUGGAACGAAUCUCGCUGAGCAGGGUCUCCACUCGGCACAUCGCAAUUCCACAAGUAACAUGUUUGGCGCAAGCAGCACUGGAGCCAGAAAGAGUUUUGCGCCGGGCGCGUCCAUCUUCCAGGCGACACCUGCGCCCCCACCCAAAUUCCAGCAAGAAUCACAGAGACGAAGUAGUGUUUUCAAAUCGCGAACCUCUCAAGUGCCUGGGCAGAGCGGCAUUAAGCAAUCGUUCUUUCAGACGGCACCACAACCAUCCGGCGUUCCAAACGAUCCCCGCCGGUUGAAGGAUGCUAGCACGCGGCAACAGCUGGCCGCUGAGCUGCUGGAAUACCUCACGCUUAAUAACUUUGAGAUGGAGUCUAAGCAUGUGCUUUCACCAAAAUGCAUGUCUUCGCCCACACAGAAAGACUUUGUCAGCAUGUUCCAAUGGCUUUACCACCGCAUCGACCCUUCAUACCGCUUUCAAAAAUCGAUCGACGCAGAAGUGCCAGUGCUGCUCAAACAGCUGCGAUACCCUUAUGAGAAGUCUAUCAUGAAGUCACAACUCGCAGCCGUUGGCGGCAACAAUUGGCCCACAUUUCUGGGACUGCUCCACUGGAUGAUGCAGCUAUCCAAGAUGAUCAACGCCUAUGAACAAGGCUCCUACGAUGAUGCGUGUUUUGCCAGUGGCCACGAUGUCUCAGGAGACCGAAUCAUCUUCGAUUUCUUGUCCGACGCAUACGCCACAUGGCUUUCUGCUGAGGACGUCGAGGAAGGAGGAGACGAAGAGGAAGCCCAGCGGAAGAUCAUCGAACCACACAUACAGAACAUGGCUCGCAAGUUUGACGAAUCCAACGCCCAGCAUGUCGAGGAGGUCAAGUUACUGGAAGCAGAGCACAAAGCGCUCCAGGAUCAAAUCGACAAGCUCUCCGAGGCUGGUCCCCGGAUCCAAGAACUGACACUCCAGAUCAAGACUCUUGAGGACGAUCGAUCUAAGUUUGAAGCCUACAACAACUCUCUCGACCAACGCGUUCAGAAGUAUACGGAUCGGAGUACUCUCCUUCAACAAGAAAUAGAAAAGACUGAAGGCGAGCUGAAGGCGUCAGAGGAAGAGCGACAGGAAUUGCAAGCCAUUAUCGAUGGACGCGGCAUGACUAUCGCCGACAUCGAUCGCAUGUCUUCUGAGAAGGAGCGUCUUGACACGUCUCUCCAAGCAGCCUCCGCUCGUGUCGAGGAGUCCAAGAAGCGGGUUGCAGAGAAGGAACUCGCCGCAUCCCGCAAACUCGACGAGCUAGAGCAUACCAUUGAGCGAUUCAACAACCUAGGUUACCAGAUCGGCGUGAUCCCGUCAACUGCCGCGAACGCGAAGGGCCUUGAAUAUGAGCUCGUUCUCACCAUCAACGACGGGCCAAACUUCUCCGGUAGCCAGAUGGGCUCCUCAGCGCGAGAAGCGUCGGACCGUCUGCUCGCAGACAGUGGUACAGGGUACUCGCCACACCACCUUCUGAACUUGGACGUGCGAGGCACCAUCAAACAAAAUAUCAUCAGCCUUCGCAAGGAUAUCGCUGAGCGCCGCAACUCAGCGCUCGAAGCCGACAUGUGCAACCACGACAUGCUCGACAAAGUGAAGGAAGCCAUCGACGACAAACAGGCCGAGGUCGAGGCACUAGGGCACCGCGUCGCGCAGGCUGAAGAGGAGCUCGAGAAGCUGCGCGAGAUUACCAGCACGCAAAAGACGGCGUCUGACGCGCAGAUUGAGAAGAUGGAGAAGGAGCUGGGGAGAAUGCGGAGCGGGCUCGGCGAGAGCGUGCAGCUGAUGGUGCAGAGGGAGAUGGCGGUCAACAUCGAAUAUGAGCAAUUGCAAUUGCGGGCUAAUACCCUGCGCGAGGAACUGCACACGGAAAUUGAGCGCAUGCUUGAUGAUAUCGUGCGCUUCAAGCUGCAUAUUCAGAAGAGCCUGGAGGAGUACGAGCAGUUCAUCGCUGAUGAGGUGGAGAGGAGCUGUCAGGAGGAGGACCAGCUCGGCGACGUCGAGGACGCGGACGAGAUGUAGUGCGCGCGUACUGCACCAUUGACGUUUGAUGAUGCAUAAUGCGGGGUCUUGGUUAAUACGGUUUAUGACGGACGGCGUUUUAGAGUGUGUGUUUGGGAUGCCUCUGCUCUGUUGUUGUUGAUUAUGGCGGUGCGGUGCGGAAGGGUUGGGC